UCCCCCCCCCCUCUCUCUCUCUCUAUCUCCCCCUCGCUCUGUGUCGCGCGCAUUACUACAACAACUCUUCGCGGUGAUACUGCUGACGACGACAGAGCCACGGAGUGCCACGCGCGCGCAAAAGGUGUGGAGCAUUGGGACAAUGGAACCGAACCUGAGCCGUUAAAGAGUCCUCUCUCUCUCUCUCUCUCUCUCUCUCUCUCUCUCUCUCUCACACACACACACACAAACACACACACAGUUAAACACGCGCUGCAGCUGUGAGGGAGGCCAGAGGGAGGAUACCGGCGACAUGGCGAAAACCGGCACCAUCUGAAGUUUGGAUCGUGGUGAGGGAUUAACCGUUGAACCCACUGACCACCACUGACCAUCACUGACAGCGGGAGCGGAGUUUGUGUGUCACAGGGAAUCAAACCGGCGUGAUGGCGCGCGCCGACACCGACAGUCGUGUGGGAGCGUGGCAGGUGCUGAUGACCCUCUCACUGGUCAUCAUGUCCGCGCACGGGAGGCAUUCACUGACCAGGCGUCAUCAUCAUCACCGCAACCAGUCCUCUGUCCACAAGGAGGCCUUGAACACCAGGAUGGUGCUGAGUGACGACUCGGCAGAGAGAGACCACCUGAUUGGAGCGGGCCUCGGGGCCACGCUCCCCCACAGCUCCACCAAGCGUCACCAUUCUCGUAAACACACCUACCUAGACGUCAUAGAGGAAGACCCACCUGUUGGGGAGGAGCUGACAGCCGGUGGGGCGGGUCCAGACCAGCCUGGGGACCCAUUUUCUGAUGACGUCAUCACGGUGGCGUUCCACAGCCCGGCGCCAGAUGUUGUGCCCUCUGAUCCUGCACUGGCUUGGGCCAAAGCCCCCAAACCCCAGAAGCAGAAAGCGGGAGACCCUACGGCAUGGACACUUUCUGACUUUUAUGACUACCUGUCACCCGACGACGACCUCUCCACGUUAGAAACGACCCCAGAGCCCGAACCCACCCCUUCACCGCCACCUGACAUGGACGACGAGAAUCUGCUACUCACCGACCCUCCUGCCGUUCCCAACAAUGUGGCGCCCGAGGUCAAGAGCCGACCGCCGUUACCUGCUCCUGCCGUGCCAGGGCCGGAGGUAGGUGGUGCCAUGGGGACGGACGGCUGCAGGCUGGGCUUUGUGCGUUCUGGAACCGGGGUGUGUGUGUCUCAGUGUGACCUUCAACCCAACUUCUGCUUCAAUGGAGGCGUGUGCACCGUGGUGGCGGGAAUGGGAGCUUUCUGCAGGUGUAAUGUGCAGGACUACAUUUGGAACAAAGGCACGCGCUGUGAUUGGGCAGUGACGGAGUUUCAGGUGAUGUGCGUGGUCGUGGGCGUGGCCUCCUUUGUGCUCCUCCUCCUUUUCAUGAUCGUAGUGUUCUUUGCCAAGAGGCUGCACCACCUGAAGAACGAGAACAGGCGCCUUCGCAAACGCAGUAAGUUCCGCCCACAGAGCAGCGAGCCGCAGACGGACGGACUCUCGGUUUCCACAACAGCCGACGGUUCACAGCCAAAUGUAAGGAAACUGUGUGACACUCCUCCGCCCGCUCCCCAAGCUCACACUCACAACCUGGCGUACUAUGACAACAUUAUCUGUCAGGACGAUCCUCAGAAGCAGGAGGACCCGGCAAAAUCCCCACAACCCAAGGAAGAGGGCUCUAUGAACAUCCUCAACUCUCAUUCUCCCAAACAGGAAAACAACCGUCCAGCGUCUGUGGCUCACGAGCACGAGCGCGACCACGAGCACGAGCACACUCCCAACAACACAGAGGCGAACGCCGAGGACGGGGUCACGAUUGGCCUGGAAGUGCUCCUUCCCAAAGAGGCCAAGCUCCACUCGGAGACCAACCCUCCGCUUCAGUACGACGUCUUCCUCUACAAGUACACCAACAAUGGAGACUCCACCUCGCCCAGCCGAGCCCCUACCUCUCACAAUGCCAACUCUCACCACAUUUCUAAAUCACCCAAGUCCACCAAGAUAUCCAAGUCGCCCAGAACGCCCAAACACGUCAAACAGGAGCAUCCACCCGUAAGCCGCGAGCCCGAGUCUGGAAGACAUUCCUCACCUGACCGUCACUCCUCAGCUGCACACCAUCCAUCACCCAUUCGUCAUUCUGCACCUGUGUGCUAUUCCUCACCCACUUGCCACGUGUCUUCCUCCCACCACUCUCCAACCCGGUACAAGUGUAUGUCCAAGUCUGCCUCCACCCCGCCUCAGCUCCGCAGGCCCAGAGGUCGCUCUCAAGCCCCCGACUCAGAGAGCUGUGGGACCGGGAGAGAGUACCACGGCGGGCACAUCCAUCCGUCUCCCUCCUCACCUCAUCUUACCCAGCCUCCUCCAUCACCAUCAUCCAUGGUGAAGUACAGUCCAGUCAGCACCCGAUCUCUGCCACCACUCUCCUGAUGAGGCCUUCAGAUUCAAAACAUCUGUCAUGAUCUAAUCUGUCCACUGAUCUGUCCAUCAUGGCUAAAACUAACCCAGUUCGUAGUGAUUUAUAGAAAAAAUGACCCAUCCAUCGUUCAUAUUUGUACUCCCAGAUGAGCACAGCACCUUGUCCAGGUCCACGGAGAAUGAAAAGCACAACUGGAACAAAUCUGUAUCCACGACACACACUCGGCUCAGAUGGAUCAAUCACUGUGUAGUCGCUGUCGCUGCCACACAUUCACACCUUUAUGUUGAUGAUUCAACCUUUCAAAGCUCAGGUUACUGCAAAUGCAAACACGAGGUGAACACGCUCUCUCUCCUGGACGGUGCUACACACCAGCGACUGCUUAUGAUGUUGUUGAUAAAAAACAUUUUUCUAUAGAUGUUUACAACUGUAGCCUUAGUGUUUUCAGUGGUUUAUAUACAUUUUAUUUGCUAUUCAGUAUGUAAUGAUUUCAAAUGCUCUUUCUUUGGUCUGAGUUGGGGGAGGGUGGGUAUGUUUUUCAUGUUUCUAAUACUCAAUAAAUAGAUGAACAACAAAA